AUGGAAUUCUUGAGCAACAUAUAUGAUAAGGUCCUGUCCGGUUAUGUGUCCACCGACGUGUUCAAAUAUAAGACGUGGCAAGAGGGUGUGCUAGGGAAAGACAGAAGUAGCUGCAAUGGGCAAGGAAACGAUAAUGACACGGACGGCGUGAAGAGAAAGUUAGAAGAAAUAUUAGGGACCUUCGUUAAAAAUGGAAAAAUAUCACACGCUCUGUGGGCCCAACACAAAAUGUUCAUAGGGGACGAAGGAAUAUAUAUCCUAGGGGAAGUAAUAACCAUUUGUCAAAUUGUGGAGUUUGUGGAUGCAGAUGACUUGGUUGAAAUAAACAGCAACGAAGAAUUCAAGGCAAACAUUUUGGAAGAGUUAAAAAGGAGGUUAAACAUAAAAAGGAAAACGGAAAUGUUGGAGGAGAAAAUUAUUACAAAUAUAUCCAUGUGCAACAGCAAUUUUGACGAUGAAGACGGGAAUAAUGACGAUAAUGAGGGGGAUGCAGAUGGGGAUUGGGCAGGUGGAGGUCGCGGCUUCGACAAGGCUGACAGGGUGGACAAAAAAAGAAGGAAGAAAAAAAAAGAGGGUAGCAACAAGGAUAAUGAAAGUAGCUAUAAUGACAGCAGCUAUAACGACAGUAGCUGUAACGACAAUGAUCGUGAUGACUCCAAUCUAGGAGACAAAAAUGCCGUGUCCAAUUUCGUAGAAAUGCUAUGCGCAGGAAAAACCAAUAAAUUUGGGUUUUGCGAAUACGAUCAAAAAUUCAAUGACAGAUACAAUCUGAAAAAUAGUAAAAACGACCGCAAAUCGUCCAAGUCACUAGAACAUUGUAUAUUACCCUUUCGCGAAGAUUAUGAGCACAAGUAUGUGUGCCUGCUACUGAACCACUCAGGAAAACAGGAAGCGAGAAUAUUACGAUUUAGUAGAAACUGUGAAAGUACAAAUAAAUUAUUAGACACGUUAAAAGGAACAGUUACGUUCUUAAAUGAGCUUCGAUUUUUAUUCAAAUUUUUUAGAUCACAAGUGGUGUUGAAGGAUAGAAUUUAUGGAGAGUUUUGUGCUUAUAUAAAAUUUCAUAGGAGCGAUCCUAAUUUUAGUGGCACGAAAGCCAUGAAUGAAUUUUUUAAUUCGCUAAAUGACAGUGCACUGAAGCAGCUGUUCUUUGGCCUGAAUGAACAGAAUUUGAAUUUGCUAGAAGAAGCAAUAUCCUAUUGUCCUAUCGCUACUUUUUCCUUUUUUAAAAAUAUUAAGCUUUUGAAAAAGAUCAAUGUGAAUGCCACUAGGCGGACGUGGAAGGCUGUUUGCGGUUUACAGAGGUUGUACAAAAAUUUGAAGAAGGUGCGGGAAAAAAUGGCGCUGGAUGACCCCCGCCUUGUUUGCGAGGAGUACAGCUCCUCCUGCGUUGGUAGUAGCGGUAACCUUGAUGCCUAUCGCAACGGUAACAGUAAUGCUAAUGGCAGCCGCGAUGAAGGAAUCCACAAUCAGGAAGAUUACCAUCAGGAAGAUUACCAUCGGGGUAAUCGUCAGAGCAACAGUCAUACUUAUUCCUCCUCGAGCGAGCACGUGCGACUGGCACACGCACAAGGUAAUAACUCCCAUCCCUACGAAACGGAAUUGCUACAUUCGAAAGAAAGAGAGUUAGCCUUUAAGAGCAGUAGUAGCAGUGUUCAUGCCGGUGGAACUGGCGGCAGUGCAGUCGCGAGUUCGACCGCUUGCACGAGUACAUGCUCUGUUUCGUGUACCGUUAACAAUUGUAAUCAUAGUAGCGGCCACGUGAGCAGCGGUAUCGUAGGCCUUGGCAACAAAAAAAAUAAAAGCGAUUUAUUUACGGAUAAAUCAGAAAGUAAAGAAUACCACCAUCAAAUGUUUAGUAACUCAUUAGAUUUACACACUGAAGAAAAAAAAAAUAAAAAUAUAGAAUUAAACAAACUAAAUGAUACCUGUUUAUAUGUUACCUCAGAUGAAGAGAAUCUUCAAAUGGCCAGGACUAACAACAUCACGGGUGAGUUAAACUGCGCGAACAGAACUAUCGAGGAAAAUAAUAAAACGUUACUAGAUCAAACAAAUAAAAUGUUCAUGGAUGAUAAUUACAGAACAGCAGAUGAAAUGGGAAGACGUUUAAGUGAAAAUAGAUUAAUGAGGGAAAAUUCCUUGGAUGAUGUAAGAGCCAACAUGAUAAAAUUAUUUAAGACAUAUGGAGGACAGUGUCGUAUUGGGAAAGUUCAAGGAAGGUGUGAAGACGCGACGUUUCAAACGGAUAUACCUCCUGCGUUUGGAAUAUUCGAUGGGGUUGGUUCAUGGAGUUUAGAAGGAAUUGACGCUUCUAAAUUCUCCAUUGGUUUGUCACUCGCUUGCCAAAGGGAGGCAGAAAAAUUAUCGAAAAAUUUAAACGACUAUGCAAAGGUGUCCUACAAUACUAUUAUCAGAUCGAAGUUAUUGUUAAGAAAUUCACUAGAGAGCGUCAAGAAAGAGUAUGCAGAUGCGUAUGGUAGCUCGACCGCCAUCGUAGGUUUGAUAGAUGAAUAUACUGGUAAGUGUGGGAUAGCCUCUUUAGGAGAUAGCGUGUGUAUGAUUCUUCGAAGGGAGUUUCUCCCAGGGGAUAUAAAUUUCGAAAGGGAAACUUACCCGAAAUUUCCAGUGGAAUCCUUUUUAUAUUAUAAUAAUAAAGGAAGGAACCCUUCCAUAGUGCGUAAAAUUAUAUGGAAGACGAGUGAACAAAAAUGGGAGAACGGAGCCCCCUACCAACUAUCCAACUUGCCGGACCGUAGCCAAUGGAAAGACUUAGAAAAUAGAGGUCUACAUAGUUUCGUAAAGAUAUUAGAAAAGGUAGAUAUUGAUGGAGAUCCACCCGAAGCCGCUGUGAGCCCUCCAUCGGAAAUUUUAUGUAUGCCCGGGGAUUUAAUUCUACUAAUGAGCGAUGGUGUGAGUGAUAAUCUUUUUGAUGAAGAAAUAGAAGCCUAUUGUACCUUUGCCAUCAGUCCAGAAGAAGCAUGCGAGUUAGGAGACCCAAGUGCAUUCACUCCUGCUCAGGACAUAGCUUAUUCUAUUACGAACAUAGCUAAGAGAAGAAGCGGGGACAAACUUCACAGCAAACCGUUUUUUCCAUUUCUUGGGAAGUAUAGAGAACCAAAUAGAACCUACAAAGGUAAUAAGGUAGAUGAUAUUUCUUGUGUUGCCAUAUGGGUAGUCUGCGAAACAGAAGACAGUGUAAAAAAUUUCGUUGCUAACCCGGAUGAGCCAUCCAUACUGGAAACGGACAAAUACUAUUCGAAUAAUUAUUUCCAACACUUUAACAAAAUAACGGAUAUUUGUACACCCACAAAGAAGUUUAUUAAGGAGAAGAAUCGCAUCGAACGUGUUAAUUUGCAACACAUUAACAUGGAUUCUGGCGGGCUAAGCGGGGAGGGAGAAACUGCACACGGAAAAUUUGGCCAUUCCAAUAGUUCAAAUAUGAAUGCCCAUUUUUCGGCCAACUUUUUCGAUUCCUCCGAAACGCCCAUUAAGUUUAGUCUGUCUGAUGAUAACAAAUAUCAGGAUUUGAGUGAUAUUGUUUUGAAGGACGAGGAUGACGCGAGCAGUGCCGACGCCGACAAUAGCUACGGCGGUGAUAGUCAUGGUGAUAGUCACGGUGACCAUAGCGGCGAUGAGGAGGUGACCCUCCCACGUGAUAAUCCCAACGAGGUCGACUCGAACAAACUGAGCGACGACAUGGAUUCUAUGAAAACACCAAAUAGCAACAGUCUCAAGGCAAGAUUCAAAGACCAAAUUUUCAAUAGGGAUGACUUCGACCACACUCCGAGGCAAAGAAUAUCAGAUGACCGCUUGGAUGAACAUAUAGAGAGAAUAAAUAAUAUGUACAUUAAAACCCCCAUUUUGCAUAUUGAUAAAAACAUUAAGACGAACAAAACAAGUGUAAGAAAAACCAAGGUAUCCAACAAGGGAAAAGGCAUGAGCAAUAAAAAAAUGGAACAAGGAGACACGUCUAGUAUGCUGAAUUACGAAACACCAAAGAAGCAAAUGAUUAUGAGAAGUGGGACGAGGGAGAAAGGAAACGUAGUCACAUCGAUAAAUGAAAAUGCAGUUAUGAAUUCCUUUAUAAAUAAUGAAACUCCUGUUAAGUCUAGUGUCAGCAAGGAUACUUCAUUGAAGGUGGAUAAAAAAAUUACAAAAAAUAAAAGGAAAUCCGUCUUCAAUUUUGACAAAAAUGAGUCCCCAAGUAAAAUUAGCUACUCUAAAAAAAGGAGUAAAAAAUCUUAA